GGGUCGGGGUCUUCGUUAGACUGAUCAGAUACUGCAUCGAUUGCAUCUUGCAUGAUCAGUUAUUAGUCGAACUCCAAUUUUUGGAUGGAAGUUAUCCUGAUCUUGUUUUACAUUAUUCUCUGCAAUUCAUGUUCAUAUCCAUAUUCACAUUAUUGUACAAAGCUCGGAUUCAUCGUAGUGUUGUACGUGCAUCAUUGAUCUGAACUCACAUCAUACGUCCUAAACAACGAUAUCAAUAUCGCCAUCAAUACCAUCGGUAUAGACAGACAUAUACGUGCAUCGCUGCGGGAUUCCAUCUGCCCCGAAUAUGAUCAAUUUGAAUGGUUUACUGGAUGAAAGGGCCUUUGGUCACGAUGUCGACUCUUUACAAGCAGCAAAUGAAUACCUCGAACGAUUGCUCUUUGCGACAGCCAGGAAACAUAACCAAGUAUGGGAAGAGUUAGAAUCGAUGAAGGAAUCCUCUGGCAUCUACGACAAAUCGUUACCAUUUCUCUCGUUCCCCCGGGAAGUCCGCGAUCAAAUAUAUAAAUACGCUCUCCAAGCAACCCGCGAAGCAUUCGUUGGAGUUCGACAUAUCAGAAUGCUAUCCUGCGACACAUUUCCCGAUUCAACGCAUUAUCCAUUCAAACCUCCUACGCCCGGCUUACUCCUAGUCAACAAACAAAUAUACGAAGAAGCAGUACAAAUCUUAUACUCAUGCAACAAUUUCUCCUUCCACAGGCCGAGGGAGCUUUUCGAUUUCCAGAACCAAGUCGGAGUGUACAAUUGUGGGCUGGUACGACAAAUGAAGAUAUCCGUUGUGUUCGGAGACGAAUCCAUGUAUACACCUGUGGAAUAUGUAGCACCAUGUGAUUACGAAAACAUUCCUUCGCACUGGGCGAAAGCGUUAUUGGAAUCGAGACUUAUGAGUAAUAUUGUUGGGAUGCAAGUUGACGCCAAUACUGGAUCACAUGAGAUGCGUUUGAUGACAAUGCCUCCAUCAUUAUACCGCGCAAUCAUCGCCACCUUUUCACGGAAUCGAAGCUUGAAAACGGCACCGGAAUUGAUUUUGAAGGGAUUCCAGACUCAAGAGGUGGAGAAAUUUCCUAAACAUUGGAAAAGGUCGACGGAGCAAUGGUUGGAAGUGGAUUGGGCAUCUGAUGUGCCAGAGCAAGAGCUGGAUGAAUCAGAACCUUUUUGGAAUUCUUCGGAGGCUGAUCUUGCCGAAACGUCUGAUAAUGAGGAUGGGGAAUCGUUUGACGAAGGUUCAUCCUAUAUAGGAGGCUCGAGCACUGGAAAAGGGAAUGUACCGACUUUGUUCAACGAACUCGGAGAAUUGAUGGGGUCGGACUACACGGAUUCAGACACGGAUUCGGAUGUAGGCUCAGAAGAUUCGUUUUAUACGGCGGCACCGUGGAAUGAUGUUAAGGAGGUUUUAUUGCAAUUUCGAAGCUUUCAGGAAGCUGGCCAAAGACAACAAGGAGGUCUUUUGAGCGUAUGAUAUGGGUCAACUAGUGUCAAGGAGGGGGAGAGAACGUUUUCGACGCUGAUGCUGAAAAAUAAGAUUAUUCAAGAUGUGUAGUGUCUUUCUUGUUUUCUUACUCGAAGGUUUGAAUUUUAUGGCGUAACGGAAGGAAAGGUCUUCAUAUUGUCUCAGAGAAUCAAGGAAACUCAGGACUCGGGGUGGGAAGAUGACCCAAAGCUUAGCUCAGCAAGGAAUGGUUGUAUUCAACAUUACCAAAGCUCGGUUCGAUAUAAUGAUUUUAAGGGGAGUUUUGGUAUUGAUAUCCAUAUUCAUAUUCACAUCCAUAGUAUUCGGAAACUAUAUAAAAAAUUCAUUACAAUACAAUUAUAGCA